UAUAUAAUAUAUAUAAUGAAAACAUUGUCCAUUUACGCUUUCCGAAGCAGCAGCAGCAGAACAAGUCUGCAAAUUCGAGUAGUAGAAUGGCGAGUUCGAGUGGGACGAAAGAUGAAGUGGGGCCACCAAGAACGAUGUCGAGGAGGAUGACUAGAGCACCGACAAUGGUUGACCAAUCAGACGGCAGCGCAGCCGACAGUGAGCUUGUCCCCUCUUCCUUGGCUUCCAUUGCCCCCAUUCUCCGUGUUGCUAAUGAAAUUGAGAAGGACAACCCUCGCGUUGCUUAUUUAUGCCGCUUCCAUGCAUUUGAGAAAGCACACAGGAUGGAUCCGACAUCAAAUGGGCGGGGUAUUCGCCAGUUUAAGACAUAUUUACUACACAGGCUUGAAAGAGAAGAAGAAGAAACAAAACCCAUACUCGCGAAAAAUGAUCCUAGAGAAAUCCAGAAAUAUUAUCAGAUCUUCUACGAGAAAAAUAUCCGAGAGGGUCAAUAUACCAAAAAACCAGAGGAGAUGGCUAAGAUAUAUCAGAUUGCAACUGUGUUGUACGACGUGCUGAGGACAGUUGUACCUCAAUCAAAAAUCGACGAGCAGACUCAGAGAUAUGCGAAAGAUGUCGAGGAGAAAAAGGAACAGUACGAGCAUUAUAACAUUCUGCCGUUGUAUGCUGUUGGUGUUAAACCAGCAAUCAUGGAACUCCCCGAGAUAAAAGCAGCACUUCGAGCUAUACGUAAUGUUGAAAAUCUUCCGGUGUUUCAAAUGCCUGAAGGAAAGGAGAGAACGGUCAACGAUAUUCUCGAAUGGCUUGCUUUACGCUUUGGUUUUCAGAAAGGAAAUGUAGCAAAUCAGCGAGAGCACUUGAUAUUGCUUCUUGCUAAUAUGGAUGUGCGGAACAAGAAUCUUCAGGACUACGAGCUCUUGGAUAACCACACCGUUCAGAAACUGAUGGACAAAAUUUUCAAGAAUUAUCAGUCGUGGUGUAAAUACUUGCACUUCACACAAAAUCUAGAGUGUCCAUGUGGUGAUAGGAGGCAACAGUCGCAGCUUCUCUACAUCGGACUUUAUCUCCUCAUUUGGGGUGAAGCUUCAAACAUUCGAUUUAUGCCGGAAUGCAUUUGCUAUAUUUUUCACCGCAUGGCGCAUGAGAUGUAUGGAACUGUAUUUGGUAACGUCGAACAUGUGAUCGGAGGUGCGUAUCAAACGGCAGCACAAGGCGACGAGUCAUUUCUGAGGGAUGUUGUGACACCGAUUUACGAGGUUUUGCGGAAGGAAGCUCGGAGAAAUAAAAGUGGGAAAGCAAGCCAUUCGGAAUGGAGAAACUACGACGAUCUCAAUGAAUAUUUUUGGACAAAAAGGUGUUUGAAGUUGGGUUGGCCUUUGGAUCGGAAAGCUGAUUUUUUUGUACACUCAGAUGUAAUAAAGCCAGCAAACAAGGGAAAUAAUCAGGCUGUAGGAAAGAGAAAGCCCAAGACAAAUUUUGUUGAACUGCGUACGUUUUGGCACCUUUUUAGGAGUUUCGACAGAAUGUGGAUUUUUUUCAUUAUGGCUCUCCAGGCUAUGAUUAUCAUUGCAUGGCAUCAACGUUUAACCUCAAACGUACUUUUUGACGAGGAUGUCGUUCGAAGUGUUUUGAGCAUCUUUAUCACAGCUGCUAUUUUGAAUUUUUUGCGAGCCGUCCUGGAUAUAGUACUCAGCUUUAAUGCAUGGAGGAGCUUGAAAUUUACGCAGAUACUCCGAUAUCUACUGAAAUUUGCAAUCGCUGCAUUUUGGCUUGUAGUGAUGCCAGUAACGUAUUCAAGAUCUAUUCAGAAUCCGAGUGGGAUAAUGAGAUUCUUCAGUAAUUUGGGAGCCGAUUGGCAGUCACAGUCGUUGUAUAACUACUGCAUUGCAAUUUAUUUGAUACCCAAUAUGUUAGCUGCCUUGCUUUUUCUAUUCCCUUUUCUUCGGCGAUCUUUGGAACGUUCCAACUGGCGUAUAAUCAACAUGCUGAUGUGGUGGUCUCAGCCCAAGUUGUAUGUUGGAAGAGGAAUGCAUGAAGACAUGUUCUCCCUUCUCAAGUACACGCUCUUUUGGAUCACACUGUUAAUAAGCAAGCUUGCAUUCAGCUAUUAUGUUGAGAUAAUGCCGUUGAUCGAGCCAACACAGACUAUCAUGAAUCUGACAGUCAGUAGCUACGAUUGGCACGAAUUUUUCCCAAACGUUACUCAUAAUAUUGCUGUUGUUAUUGCAAUAUGGGCGCCGGUUGUUCUGGUUUAUUUCACGGAUACGCAAAUAUGGUACGCUAUCUUCUCAACUGUCAUUGGUGGGAUCUACGGAGCAUUCAGUCACCUCGGAGAGAUAAGAACACUUGGUAUGUUAAGAGCAAGAUUUGAAUCCGUCCCUUCGGCUUUUAGUAAGCGUCUUGUUCCUUAUUCCAAAGAGGAAGCCAAACAACAUCAGCGGGAUGACACAUGGGAAAGAAUAAACAUUGCAAAGUUCUCUCAAAUGUGGAAUGAGUUCAUAUUAUCUAUGAGAAACGAGGAUUUGAUAAGCCAUAGGGAGAAAAAUCUGCUGCUCGUGCCGUAUUCGUCGAGUGAUGUAUCUGUUGUGCAGUGGCCUCCUUUCUUGCUUGCUAGUAAGAUUCCGAUAGCACUGGACAUGGCGAAAGAUUUCAAGGAGAAGGAAGAUGCUGACUUUUUCAAGAAAAUUAAGAACGACGAUUUCAUGUAUUUCGCAAUAAUUGAAUGCUACGAGACGCUUCGGGAUUUGCUUCUUGACCUUCUAUUAGAUGAUGGUGAUAAAAAAAUAAUUUGGCAAAUAUGUGAAGAAGUUGAAAGCAGCAUCCAGCGACGAAGAUUCUUGCGAGAUUUUAAGAUGAGUGGGCUGCCAUUGUUAAGUGAUAAAUUGGACAAAUUUUUAGACCUACUUAUGGCUGAUUACGAGGAUGCUCAGUUAUACAGAUCUCAGAUUAUCAAUAUGCUCCAAGAUAUAAUAGAAAUCAUCAUUCAAGAUGUAAUGAAUAACGGCCACGAGGUUUUGGAAAAAACACAUUCGUUGCAUCACGACGAAAAACGAGAGCAGAAGUUCGAAAGGGUGAAGAUCGAUCUCUUGCAAAGCGGUUCUUGGAUGGAAAAGGUUGUGAGGCUUCAUUUGCUUCUGACAGUCAAAGAAUCAGCAAUCAACGUGCCGAUGAAUUUAGAAGCUCGUCGUCGGAUCACAUUCUUCGCAAACUCUUUAUUUAUGAUAAUGCCUAGUGCUCCAAAAGUUCGUAACAUGCUGUCUUUUAGUGUUUUGACACCGUACUAUAAAGAACCGGUUCUUUACUCGACGGAGGAGCUGAACAAGGAAAACGAGGAUGGCAUUACAACCUUAUUUUAUCUUCAGAAAAUAUAUCCGGACGAAUGGAAAAAUUAUUUGGAGCGGAUUAAUGAUCCGAAACACGGUUCUGACAACAAAGACCGGUCUGAAUUGGACCGUCAGUGGGUUUCUUACCGUGGUCAGACACUCGCUCGGACAGUAAGAGGGAUGAUGUACUACCGGGAGACUUUGGAACUUCAAUGCUUUUUGGAUUUUGCUGAUGAUAAUGCUAUUUUUGGCGGAUAUCGAGCCAUUGACAUAAAUCAUAGGGACUACAGAAUUCUCAAGGAAAAAGCACAGGCUUUAGCAGAUAUGAAGUUCACUUAUGUUGUAUCUUGUCAAGUUUACGGUGCGCAGAAAAAAUCAAGUGACGCCCAAGAUCGAAGCUGUUAUGUCAAUAUUUUGAAUCUUAUGCUCAAGUAUCCAUCUCUACGAGUUGCUUAUAUAGACGAGAGGGAGGAGACAAUUGACGGAAAAACGGAGAAGGUUUACUACUCUGUCUUGGUAAAGGGCGGGGAGAAGUUGGAUGAGGAAAUAUAUCGUAUACGGCUUCCAGGUCCUCCAACAGAAAUCGGCGAAGGCAAACCGGAGAAUCAAAAUCACGCUAUCAUUUUCACUCGUGGAGAAGCCUUGCAAACCAUAGACAUGAAUCAGGAUAAUUAUUUUGAGGAAGCGUUCAAAAUGCGCAAUGUUUUAGAGGAACUUCUGAAAACUCAUCACGGACAACGAAUGCCUACAAUAUUGGGGCUAAGGGAGCAUAUUUUUACCGGAAGUGUUUCUUCACUAGCUUGGUUCAUGUCCAAUCAAGAAACCAGUUUCGUGACUAUUGGACAAAGAAUUUUGGCAAACCCCCUUAGGGUAAGGUUCCAUUACGGACAUCCCGACAUUUUUGACAGAAUAUUUCACUUGACGAGAGGUGGCAUGAGCAAAGCUUCGAAAACAAUCAACUUGAGCGAAGACAUAUUUUCCGGUUACAAUUCAACACUAAGACGGGGUUACGUAACACAUCACGAAUAUAUCCAAGUAGGCAAAGGAAGAGAUGUUGGUAUGAAUCAGAUUUCUCUUUUCGAGGCAAAAGUUGCAAAUGGAAACGGAGAGCAGACACUUAGUCGAGAUGUAUAUCGACUUGGACGCCAAUUUGAUUUCUAUCGAAUGCUGUCCUUUUACUUCACCACUGUUGGCUUUUACUUCAGUAGCAUGGUCACCGUGCUGACUGUGUACGUGUUCUUAUACGGAAGAGUAUACAUGGUCUUAAGCGGGCUUGAAAAGCGUAUACUCGACGACCCGUCGAUACAUCAGAGUAAAGUUCUCGAAGAGGCUUUAGCCACGCAGUCUUUCUUCCAGCUAGGUCUUUUACUCGUGCUGCCCAUGGUGAUGGAAAUCGGGCUCGAACGAGGGUUUCGAAGUGCCAUAGGUGAUUUUAUCGUCAUGCAGCUCCAGCUGGCAUCCGUCUUCUUCACAUUCCAGCUCGGUACAAAAGCGCAUUACUACGGUCGAACCCUUUUGCACGGUGGUUCUAAGUACAGAGCCACAGGCCGUGGCUUUGUUGUAUUUCACGCCAAAUUCGGCGAUAAUUACAGAAUGUACUCUCGCAGCCACUUUGUGAAAGGGCUCGAGCUUUUCAUGCUGUUGAUUGUUUACGAGGUGUACGGGCAUUCUUACCGCAGUUCUUCUCUCUACUUUUUCAUUACGUUUUCGAUGUGGUUUCUCGUCGCUUCUUGGUUGUUUGCUCCUUUCGUUUUCAAUCCGUCUGGAUUUGAGUGGCAGAAGACCGUCGAUGAUUGGACUGAUUGGAAGAGGUGGAUGGGGAACAGGGGCGGUAUCGGUAUUUCACCCGAUAAAAGCUGGGAGUCGUGGUGGAAUGAGGAGCAGGAGCAUUUGAAAUACACGAAUUUGAGGGGUAGAGUUCUUGAAAUCGCACUUUCGAUCCGCUUUUUCAUCUACCAAUACGGGAUUGUUUAUCAAUUAAAGAUAUCGCAUGGCAGCAAAAACAUCCUGGUUUAUGGCUUGUCGUGGUUUGUUAUGGCAACUGUGCUUCUCGUAUUAAAGAUGGUGUCGAUGGGAAGAAGAAAAUUCGGAACGGACUUUCAGCUUAUGUUCAGGAUUCUAAAAGCACUUUUAUUCCUCGGAUUCGUGUCGGUAAUGACUGUGUUAUUUGUGGUUUGUGGCCUUGUUGUUAGUGAUAUAUUUGCUGCUAUAUUAGCCUUCAUGCCCACUGGAUGGGCCCUUAUUCUGAUAGCUCAAGCAUGCAGACCUUGUCUGAAGGGAAUCGGGAUUUGGGAUUCAGUGAGGGAGUUGUCGAGAGCAUAUGAAGCGAUAAUGGGGCUCGUUAUAUUCACGCCUAUUGUUGUGUUAUCUUGGUUCCCUUUCGUAUCGGAGUUUCAAACGAGGCUUCUCUUCAAUCAAGCAUUUAGUAGAGGGCUACAGAUUUCCAUGAUUUUGGAGGGGAAAAAGGACAAGACAUCCUCCACUUGAACAAAUCAUUUUGUACAUUAUAUAUAUAUAUUGACUGAACAAAUAGAGAUUUAUUAGGUACAAGAAAACACCCUACAAACAUAUGACAUACAUUCCACAAAACAUCAUACUGAAUAGAGUAUAUUAAAUAUAGAUUUAUUUAUUACUGUAUCGAUAAUGAUUUUCAAUAUUUACCAAAGUCGGUUAGUUGGGAUGGGUCAGUUUACUGGCCGGUAAUCAACCAAUCCAACCUACGGACAACCCUAGUUGCACCAUGAGGGACAACCAAUAUAUUGACAUUUUUUUUAAGGCAGAUUAUUUGUCACCUAAUAGUUAAGUUUUUAGUAGCCUAUAAGCCAUAAAGUACCAUUUCAUCACAUAAAAAGAUGUUGUAAUCUCAUUCUAAAUAUUGUACAACUUUGCACUAUGCGGCCUUGGAAAUAUAGUUUUUUGCCA